GAACUCGGUUCUUCCCGGAUAAACUCGGAACUGUUCGUCGUCGACCUCUUUUACUGCGGCUUCAUCGUCAAGUGGACUAACCCGCUACUCUCAUCCGAUCCUUAAGGGUAGAUUGUCCUUGAAAUUGCCAGAACCGGUUCCGGAAGGCGUCCAGCUCCUGUCCAAAUGCAAGCUAUCAAAUGUGUGGUGGUCGGCGACGGGGCUGUGGGAAAGACCUGUCUGUUGAUCAGCUACACCACUAAUGCCUUCCCUGGUGAAUACAUCCCCACUGUCUUUGAUAACUAUUCUGCCAAUGUGAUGGUGGAUGGGAAGCCAGUGAAUCUGGGCUUGUGGGACACAGCAGGACAGGAGGACUAUGAUAGACUCAGACCCUUGUCUUACCCACAGACGGAUGUGUUCUUGAUAUGCUUCUCCCUGGUCAGUCCGGCUUCCUUUGAGAACGUCCGAGCUAAGUGGUACCCAGAGGUGAGACACCAUUGCCCCAACACACCUAUCAUCUUGGUGGGGACAAAGCUGGAUCUCCGAGAUGACAAGGACACCAUCGAAAGGCUGCGGGACAAGAAGCUUUCUCCCAUUACCUAUCCUCAGGGUCUGGCUAUGGCGAGAGAGAUUGGGGCUGUGAAGUACCUGGAGUGCUCGGCGCUGACCCAGCGGGGCCUGAAGACAGUAUUUGACGAGGCCAUCCGAGCCGUGCUCUGCCCUCCACCUGUGAAGAAGAGGGGGAAGAGAUGCACCAUGUUCUGAAGAAGCCACGGACUCUGCUACACCACAUUAUCAUAAACAACAAACACGGUUUCUUUGAGAGAAUAAGAGCUAAAACUGGUAAGAGUGAGUGUGCAGUUUAGUGAUUUCUUUCUGUAGUGUUUUGUUUUUCAGAAACCAUAUUGGUCACACGACCAAUAUUUACUCUUGGUUUUUUUUUACCAUUCCUGAAUAAGAUCAUGGGUUCUCUGGAAACAGCUCUGACAGUCCAUCUGCAUUGUACUCAUUGAAGCAAACUGUUGCCAUGAGGACUACAGCUCUCUAGAACCUUGUCUUUAUACAGCUCUCUUCUCUCUCAGCCAUGCUUGUUUAAAUGAAUGCGGUGGUAAUUACACAGAACAUCAAGUGGAGGUGCGGAAUAAGAUUCAGGUUUGAAGUUCCCCUCAGCUCCCUUUCUAAGAUCAGGAUAUUCAGCCACAGCCCUGAUUACUUGUAGGUGUUUUUACAGUCAUUUGCACUUAGAUAAUGAACAUGGUCCUGGUCUAACCAGGUGAGAGCUCUGCAGACUAACUGAACAGUGGAGAGUGAGUUGAUAAUUAUUGACUGUUUACUUAAGAUAUGCAACUCAAAACUAAUGUGUUAGACUUUUAGAGAAUCAAACUAGAAACCACAUCUUUUUGGGCCUAACCCGUUAAGUAAAGGAACGUCAGGUGUUCAUCAACAUUCAUUUCAAGCCUGUUUGUGAGAGCAGUUAAAGUAACUCUAUGAUCAACUGUACCUGCUGAUGGACUGCAGUCAUUAUGCAUAAUAGUGUUGAUGCAUUGAUUAAACUAUAGUUAUUAUCCAUGCGGAUUUAGCUGGGCUGUAACAUCUCAUCUAACUUCCUUUGUUUUUUCAGCCGUGUUCGUAUCCUUGCUACAAAAACGACGUGAAGACUUCAUUUUAUAGCAGCCAAGUCUUUAAAUGUUGAAACACUUCCAAGACUUUACUUCUUUUUUACAAGAAGUGACAAAUAUACUGGAAGAUUUGUUAAAUCAGAUCUUGUGCUAAAUCAGUGUUAGUGGGGCAUAGAUGGUUCAUCAAACAUACAGUAAAACACUUCAUCCUGGAAAGCUCCUGGUCUUAAAAGAGUCUGGGGGAAACUUCAGUUACAGUCUGGAAAUAAUUGCUGAUUUUGUAGGUUUGCCUUUAAAGAAACGAAUAGUCUAUGAUUUCAUUUCAACAUGGAGACCCAGAACAAUUCAGAAAACAACACAAGAUGCAUAAAAAUAGAAAAAUUUUCUUCAUGCCACUCUGUGAAAUAAGUAUUUGAUCCACAAGCAGAACAUGGUCUAACAUUUGGAAGAACCAGUUUUGGAAAGCAGAGCAGUAAGAGGGACCUUCACCUGGACUGCACCCAUCUGAGGGCGGUGGGGUUUGGGCAGGUUGUUUUUACAGAAACUCGGAAUUAUUCAGGUUUCUUGGCUGCCUCUCUGUAGCUCAGCGCUUCUGUUUGCUCCACAGAUUUUCUGCAGAUCUGAGUUAUUGGGACUCGCCUUGGCGGGAGUGAUAAGGAUUCAUGUCCAAGAGUUUACGGUACAUUGCUCCAUCCAUUGACCGACCCCUUACUCAGGUAAAUUCAUCCUGUGCCCCUAUUCAGAAAACAACCCAAAGCAUAAUGUUUCCACCUCCAUGCCUGGCUGUGGGAAGGGUGUUCAUCAGGCUCCAAACACAACAGGUUGAGUUGAUUCCAAAGAACUUGGUUUUAGUCUCAUCUCACCAAAUCUUAUCUCCUCAUCAUCUAACACCUACAAAAUAAAGAUGAGCCUGUAGAAGUGCCUUCUACCUGGGGAGCUCAAACGCAUCUGUGUAGAGUGAUCCCACUGAUGUGCUCAAUGGCUGUGGUCCUUCAGAUCCCAAGCUCCCAGCAUCUAGCUUUGUUAUGAUCCUACUUUCCCACUGAGAAGGUAGGAAUCUUCAUGGAGCUACAGACUGAGUAUGGUGAAUGGCCAGUUUAUAAUUCUUCUACGUCCCAAUUACUGCACUAACAGGUGUCUAUUUCUAACCAAGCCACAAGCUGAUGUUCCUGGAGACCAUUCCAGCCUUGUGCAGAUCUAUGAUCCUGUCUCCAAGCUUGUUGGUCUGUCCAUGAGGGUGGAGAGGUUGGAGUGGAAGAAACUGGUUAUAUGGACAGCUGUGCUUUAUAGACAUAAGAAGCUGAAGUAAGGAGUAUCUGUUAUUGUUGGACUGAUUAACUGAUUGUAAUCUGUGUGCCUUGUGGUAGCUGAAUUCUAUCUGGUUUGUAGGGGAUCAAAUACUUUUUCCACACAGCUAAUUAGUUUAUUGUUUUUAGUUCUGGGAUCUUUUUCAGUGUCUGUCUGCUAAACUAACCUACCAACAAAUUACAAAGCACUUUUUUCACAGUAAGAAGGUAAACUUACCGGAAUAGCUUAUUUCCUCCUGUAGAAAUGUGGAUGUGUGUCAGACUAGCAUGCCAAACAUGAAGCUGUCCAACCUUGCUGCCUGAGAUCUGCCUUCAGAAAGGGAGGAGCUUGCAUGGUCUUAAUAUGCUCUGUCUUCAUUACCCCACUGAUUAGAUCUACUCUCUGUCCGGGUGUGUUUUUGUUUGUGUUUGUCACAGGCAUGUAAAUAGAUGCUGGUAUUUAUGUGUGAACAGGUAGCAGUGACACAGUGUUCCAGCAGUUCAGGAUGACGAGAAAAGGUAAUAUUGUUUUAAGCAAAGUUUUUUUAGUGUCCAGUUUUUGGUACAAUUUCAUAUUGUAGUUAUACACAGGAGUUUUCAAAAUUAUGUAGACAUCAAGACAGAAACAAGGUUUUAAUGACAUCUAGUAAUGUACAGAAUAAGCACUGCAUUAGGGAUAUCUGUAUGUACCUAAAUAUGAACCUGCCUAAAAGUAAAACAGGUAAUUUUAAAGGAAAUGUAGUUGCUCGUGUUGAAUUUAGAAGUGUGGCUAACAAUGUAUAUAAUGAAGGGGCCAAUCUUUGUGGAGUGUGUCAUUGCAGUUGCACCUUUAUGAGCAGAAUUUCUUCUCGUUGCAGGUCUGCAGGGUUGGUGUCUCCCUUUUAGGGGGACGCUUUCCUAGCAGGGUGGGUAUCUUCCUUUUAUGGGGAUGCUCUGUUUGCAGGGCUGCAGCGUGGGUGUCUCCCUCCUAUGGGGGCGCUCGCCUUGCAGGACUGUAGUGUGGGCGUCUCCCUCAUUCAGGGACACACACCCUGCAGGGCUGCCUGUCAUGCUGUCUUUAGUAGGCACAGCUGUGUGGUUUAAUCAUGUUGUUUGGUCCUGCCUAGCUAAGGUGUCAAUAUGUAGCUGAGAAUCACAGCAAAAAAAUCUAAUUCUAUUAUUGCAUGGAAGUUUUCUGGUUGUUUGACCCACUGUAAAUCUUCUGAGAGCUUGUAUGAUGAACUGCAUCGGCCAUGUGCAUAUAUAAUGUAAGAUGACUUGUAUACUUGUUUCAGCUGUUUGUCUUUUUUUAUUACUUCACAUGUUGCUGUGGUUAAAAUCAUUUUUGUAUACUAAAUACAAAUGUAUACGUAAAGAA